AGCUUACAUGGCAACAUCUCCACAGUUGAGCUUCAAAAACAACAUUGAAAUCUCAUCAGCCGCAAGCUCGUCGAAUAGAAGGGCUCUCCUGAAAAGAUCUUGUUUUUCUGGAGUAGUUGAUGUGCUCACAACUCCCAGUUACAUCCCCUCCACUCAUGCGGGCCAACCUGGAUAUAAACAACCGUCAGCAAAAGAACGCCGCAAUGCCACGAAGCCCAUUUCACCAUCGAAACUCAAAGAACCACCGUAUAGAUACGAUCUAAAUAACUUUCCAGCCGCACUGAUCCUUCCAGAUGACGAUCUGGCUUUAGAUCCCGGCUAUCCUCCACAGUGUUUCCAGGAAUGGCACGACGAUAAGGACCGUAACCCCAUACAACUGAGAAGGAAGACAGUAUACCUGACACCUCCGUCUCGGUCUCAGUGUCAAUCUCAGUCCCAGUUUCCCAUAUCGGCGCCAGAACCCGAGGAUGUUCUGGACUAUCUAUCGGCCUUUUAUCACGGGCUUCCUGUGAAACGACUCGAGCCCUCCAACUGGGAAUUCAGUCCGUGGACAGAGAACGCAAAGUCCAAGGGACGACUGAACCUGGACGAUCUCCUCGAUGCCGCAAUAAGCAUUCUCCCGAGUGACGCGUAUGCUCUAUGCAUGAUGGUUGACGAUGACCUCUACGAAGACGAAGAGGACACGUUCGUAUGCGGCCGCGCAUACGGUGGGAGUCGCGUCGCAGUCGUCUCGAGCGCCCGGUAUAACCCCGUUCUCGACGCCGCGCAGUCCGUCGAGCGAGAGCAUGCCUGGCCUGCAUCGCACUGCAAAUCAUACCUCGAAGCCAGCUGUACGAAAGCAGGAAGCACCCGGAAAAGGCGGAAAUCCGCCCCGCUUGAAGCGGCGCUUGCUGCUUUCUCGACACUUCUGUCAAAGCUCUGGCUAGCGAGAAUAUGCCGCACCGUAAGCCAUGAACUUGGCCACUGCUUCGGAAUAGACUAUUGCGUGUACUAUGCAUGUGCAUGUCUUAUGCAGGGAAGCGCCUCUCUUUCCGAGGAUGCUCGGCAGCCGCCGUGUCUAUGUCCGGUUGAUUUGGCGAAACUGCUCUUCGUCACUGGGAUGACCGUCGAGGCGCGAUACCAGGCGCUUCUGGAAUUCUGUGAGAAAGUGGGGAUUAGAGAACUUGCGCAUUUUGCGGCCUAUGCGGCAUGGCUGAGGGCGUCGCUUGCUGUGACUGGAUCUGGAUGCCUUUAUUAGAUUGACUGGAAGUGUUC